CGAUACCCCCAGGUCCCCCAACAUCCGGGCGCUCCAGCCGCUCCAGCCUCCUCUGAACCCGGGGACGGACGACGGUGGGCGGCGGAUCACACCCAGCAGGCGCACCGAUGACAGCUGUCAGCCGGGAACAUAACCUCACAUUCUGACGGGGGGAAACAACGUCGCAUGGCUGUCUGAAUCACCGGGGAAGAGGAGGACUUCAACCGGCGGGCCGCGGCACGCUGGACUUGGAGGUGCUGGGCCAACAGUUUUAUCGUUUUGGUCUCAAAGCGGCGUAUUGGUGCUGAAGGUUCCUGGGGCGCCAUGGGGACACAAGGUACUGGGAGGAAGCGAGCCCCGGUGAGAGACCGCUUCUCGGCCGAGGAUGAGGCCCUCAGCAGCAUCGCUCGGGAGGCGGAGGCCAGGCUGGCGGCGAAGAGGGCCGCGCGGGCGGAGGCCAGGGACAUCCGCAUGAGGGAACUGGAACGGCAGCAGAAGGAGCUCCCUUACCACUCUUCGUCUGGAAGUGGGGGCCGUAAAUGGGGUCAGAUCCACCAGUGGAUGGCCGACACUGAGAAGGCCAGCACCACCACUAGUAGUAGUCGGUAUAGCGGCUAUCAACGGCGGGGCCUGGACGAUGACCUCAUGUCGGUCCGCAGCUACAGGUCCACGUCUUCUUCGGUGCGAGACCUAAGCUCUCAAAAGAGAUCUGAGAGCAGGUCCAGUUCCCAUAGGAAAGACCUCUUGUCCGACAGCCUCUCCACCACGUCUGGGCUGAAGAGCUCCCGCUCCACUAGCUCUGUGUACAGUGACCUGCAGGGCCAUAGGAAGGCCUCGUCCAUCAGCUCCUCCUCCUCCAGGAAGGAUCUGCUGACUGGGCUGUACCACGAUCAGAGGAAGUACAGCAGCCUCACCGCCAAGUCCAAAACUCCGUCUUCCAUCAGCUCAUAUCAGCCAAUGACCUCAUACCAGCCUAUGACCUCUUAUCAGCCCCGGGUCUCCACCAACUCCACCACCGCCGCCGUCACCACCACCCCCUCCUCCGCCUCCACCACCGCAGGCUCAGGCCUGGCCCGUAGCUACAGCAUGGCCUCAGUUCACGAUGACGCGGGCGUCUAUGGCUCAGGCUACAGUUCUAAGGCUCCCUCUGAGUACAGCUGGUCCGCCCGCAGCAGCCCUGUGUCCUCAGACGAUGACUCGGUCAGCACGGUGUCCCAGGACCGCUACAGCCGAGGCCGCAGAGACAGUGUGUCCUCGGACUUCUCUGACAUCAGCGAGUCGGCGGCGGACUACUUCAGCCGCUCCAACCGCCGGGGCAGCGUCGUGUCCGACCUGGACGAUCUCAGCAUCCCCGACCUGGACUUUCUGGACGACAAAUGUGACAAGACCUUCCCAGACUACAGCCGGCCUUCGUCGCGGUGCGCCACCCCCAGCCUCUCGGCCGCCACCCUGGCCUCGCUGGGGGGCACGUCGUCCCGGCGGGGCAGCGUGGAGGCGGGCGCCGUGGUCGACCCCGACGCCAGUAUGAGCGAGCUCCGGGAUAUCUAUGAGCUAAAGGACCAGAUUCAGGAUGUAGAGGGGAGAUACAUGCAGGGCCUUAAGGAGCUGAAGGAGUCUCUGUCGGAGGUGGAGGAGAAGUACAAGAAGGCCAUGGUGUCCAACGCCCAGCUGGACAACGACAAGGCCAACCUCAUCUACCAGGUGGACACGCUGAAGGACGUGGUGGAGGAGAUGGAGGAGCAGACCUCCGAGAUGAAGAGGGAGCUGGAGGACAAGUCCAAGGAGCUGGAGCGGCAGAAGCACACGUGUAACGUCCUGCAGCACAAGCAGGAGGAGCUGAAGGAGGGCAUCCGCCAGCGGGACGAGCUGAUCGAGACGAGCCAGCAAACGCAGGCUAAGUUAGAUACGUUGACCAGGGAGGUGUUUGACCUGCAGGAGACCAUAAACUGGAAGGACAAAAAGAUCGGGGCACUGGAGAGGCAGAAAGAAUACUUUGAUUGCAUUAGGAAUGAGAGAGAUGAGCUCAGAGAUGAGCUGGCUGACAUCAAGGCCACGGCCAAGACCAAGGCGGGACAGAAACACGGGCUGGUGAUCCUGCCCGAGGGCACGCCCAACGGGGACUACCACCACGAGGCCAACCACGCCCCCGGGCUCACGCUGGUGUCGCAGGAGGCCGCGCAGCUGCUGGAGUCUGCAGGAGAAGGGCCACUAGACGUCAGGCUACGCAAGCAGGCGGAGGAGAAGGAAGAGCUGCUGGCCCAGAUCAGGAGGCUGAAGAUGCAGGUGGAGGACGAGAGGCAGAAGCAUGCCAAGAUGGACGGCACGUCCACCGACGGGGAGCGGAUGGAGAACGGGACGGACCUGCACAUCAUCGAGAUGCAGAGGGAUGCAAACCGACAGGUCAGCGAAUACAAGUUCAAGCUCUCGAAGGCGGAACAGGAAAUGGGUACAAUGGAACAAAACGUCAACCGACUAGAAGGACAGGUGGCUCGGUACAAGACAUCGGCCGACAACUCUGAGAAGGUGGAAGACGAGCUGAAGGUGGAGAAGAGGAAACUCCAGAGAGAGCUGCGCACGGCCCUGGACAAGAACGAGGAGAUGGAAAUGACCAACAGCCACCUGGUGAAGCGGCUGGAGAAGAUGAAGGCCAACAGGAACGCGCUGCUGGCCCAGCAAUGAACGCCCCCCCCCCCCCCCCCCCCUGCGGCCCUCCCCGACGCCGCUGCGGCCUCGGCACCACAGAAGCCCUUAAAACUCGCACCUCAGAACUUUAUCGAUUUGCGUCUGGAGCACAUUUCCCUUUCUCGGCUAAAACACUUAAACGUAGCUAACCAAAUAAAAGGGGAGGAGAGAAAAACGAAAAAAGGAAAUAAGACAUUUGUAGCACAGGCGGGAGACUAAACUGUGUUUUUGUUUUUUAAAUUGGCGGCACGCGCCCGUUCUGUCCGGCCCGCUGCUCUGCUCUCCGGAGAAACGCCUCGGCAAUGUAUGGAAACCCACGGGUUUUCUGGGAGAUAUGAGGACGUUUCCCGAAUCGCUACUUUAAAAAGUUUUAAAGUUCUUCAACGCUUGGUACCACAUCGUGAUAUUCAGGAGGCCUCGAGGCGUCUCAUUGGCUGUUGCUUUGUCCCUUUUGAUGAGUUGCAUGAAUGGGUCUCAUGAGGGUUUUAAUAGGUUCAACUCUGAUGGCUGGUCUGCCCCCCCCCCCCCCCCUGUACAUCCC